AUGGCCGCCCCACAACAGCUAGGUGCCGCUCUUUCCCCGGAGAUAUCCGGGGGGGCGAUGCAGGGGGGCGGACAGGCUGCUGCAACAGGGGCAGCAGCGGGAGCAGCAGGAGCAGCAGCAGCAGCAGCUGCUGCAGCAGGAGAAGCAGCUGCAGAAGCAGCAGCAGAAGCAGCGCCAGAGGCAUCAGCAGGUGUCGAUACACCUGGGCUUCGUCUCCCUUCUGAUAUAGAAGACACAGAAGACAGCCUCUCCUCCUUGUCGGCGAUGAAGGGGUUGCAGCAGCAGCCCGAAUCUAUAGAGGCCCCUGAGGAAGCUUGGGAGGGGGGAGAGGCGCUAGACCCUGCUGCUGCUCUUGCUGCUGCUGCUGCUGCUGCAGCAGGGGGACAGCAGCAGCACGAUGAGGUGCCAGCUGUUGCUGAUGCACCUGAGGCGCCUGAAGGUGAAGCGGAGGACGAGGAGGUUCCUGCAGGUGCUGCAGCGCAGCAGCAGCAGCAGCAGCAGCAGGAGCAGCAGCAGGAGCAGCAGCAGGAGCCGCAGCAGGAGCCGCAGCAGGAGCAGCAGCAGGAGCAGCAGCAGGAGCAGCAGGAGCAGGAGGCAGAAGGAGGAGAUACACGCGAGGAGACAGCUGAGGAGACAGCAGCGGCAAGCCAAGAGACAGGGGGCGGAGACACUGCAGAGCGGCAGCCACAGUCAGACGAUGAGGAUAUGCCUCCUCUCUUUUUCGACGUAGAGCCAGAGGCUGAGCAGCAGCAGCAGCAACAGCAGCAGCAGCAGCAGCAGCAGCAGCAGCAGCAGGAGGACGAGGACGACGAUGGGGAGGCGCUGCGAAGGGAGCAUAUGUUUUUUCAGACUCUGCUGCAGCCCCCAGAGCUAGUGCUGUUCCCUGGAGAGACGGAGACAGACGAGGAGACAGGAGAGGAGACAGGGGUGGGGACAGGAGAGGAGACAAAAGAGGAGACAGAAGAAGAUACAGAAGAGGAGAUAGAUGAUGAAGAAAAGCCGCAGACACAAAAAACCUCCAGCGAUGGAUACCCCACAGUCUCCAGCCUAGAGGCAGCAUCGGCGAUGCGAAUGUUUGAGCAGACGGUCAUGUUUGGAGGCACCAUGGAGGUCACUCGUCCCCUCUACUUUGAAAACGGCAUGCUUCUGGACCCCCCCCAAAUGAGGACUUUCCUCGUCACCUGUGAUCCGAAACAGCCCCUGGUACCUACCGAGUCUAUCUUCCCUUAUCAACGAUCCGAGGAAGUUGCCGCCGUGCUAUCUGAGCACGUCACCGACGCUAUCGGUAACCUCAUGUUUCUCAACACCGGAGAAAGGAACCCGAUAAGUUCUAUGACAAUAAAAAAGUUUGGUCGUCUCGAGAUUCAGAUGCUCAACAGCGUACAACACAGCCCCCUAGACGCUCCUGCCCGCUCCUCUUCAGCUCAGCGUCCCUCGGUGCCGGUCAGGGAGGAGGUCACCGUCGCCUCAGAGGUAAGGAGACACGGAGACACCUCAGUAGGAGACACGAAGACACCUCAGCAGGAGACACACGGAGAUACUUGA